AAGGGGGAGCGGAGGGCGGUAGCGGCGGGGACGCGCGCCGGCUUAAGCUAGCCUUGCUUUGCUCGGGUCGGUGGCGGACGCGCGCCGCAGUGCGAGCCUCAGACGCGCGGGCGCUGGGGACAGCUCCCGGGUGGCCUAGCUGGGGCAGCUGGAGGAGACCGCUUCAUCAAACACCAACGACAUCUGCGCUUCAGGGUCCUGGGCGGUUGUGCCUGGACUGAGCGGUGGGCGCCACGCGAGAACGAAUCUUUGUGAUUUUCUUCCUUGGCACUCUUUACCCCUAUUUGCUGAAGCUGCUCUCAGCUGUUGGCAUCAUCCUGGGAACAGAACGGCUUCGGAAAACGGGGAAACUUCUGGGAGGCUCUUGGCCCAGUGGAUCUUCUGAAGAGCAAUGCUAAGACGACCUUUGGUUUAAAGGAUUAAAAGAAAGGACGACUUCUUCAGAUAAUAAGACCUUCUUCAAAGUUCCCUGCAUGAAAAAUUAUUUAAACGUUGCACACAAAUCUUUUGUGAAAGAAGAAAAGGAAAUUCAGCUUGUGGAUCUCAGCAGGAGUGAAACUAAUGCAGCUUAAAAUAAUGCCGAAAAAGAAGCGCUUAUCUGUAGGCAGAGUGCCCCUGGUUCUCCUCCUGUGCCAGAUGAUUAGUGCACUGGAAGUACCUCUUGAUCCAAAACUUCUUGAAGACUUGGUACAACCUCCAACCAUCACUCACCAGUCUCCAAAAGAUUACAUUAUUGACCCUCGAGAGAAUAUCGUGAUCCAGUGUGAGGCCAAAGGGAAGCCUCCUCCAAGCUUUUCUUGGACACGAAAUGGAACUCAUUUUGACAUAGAUAAAGACCCUCUGGUCACCAUGAAGCCUGGAUCAGGAACACUUAUAAUCAACAUUAUGAGUGAAGGGAAAGCAGAGACUUAUGAAGGAGUCUAUCAGUGUACGGCGAGGAAUGAGCGUGGUGCUGCAAUUUCUAAUAACAUUGUCGUCCGCCCAUCCAGGUCACCGUUAUGGACCAAAGAAAAACUUGAACCAAUAAUACUUCGAAAUGGUCAAUCUUUAGUACUUCCCUGUAGACCCCCAAUUGGAUUACCACCAGCUAUAAUAUUUUGGAUGGAUAACUCCUUUCAAAGACUUCCACAGAGUGAGAGGGUUUCCCAAGGUCUGAAUGGAGACCUUUAUUUUUCCAAUGUUCUCCCAGAAGAUACCCGUGAAGACUAUAUCUGUUAUGCCAGAUUUAAUCACACUCAAACUAUACAGCAAAAACAACCUAUUUCUGUGAAGGUAGUUUCAGUGGAUGAAUUGAAUGACACUAUAGCUGCUAAUUUGAGUGACACUGAGUUUAAUGGUGCUAAAUCAAGUAGAGAGAGGCCACCAACAUUUUUAACUCCAGAAGGCAAUGCAAGUCACAAAGAGGAAUUAAGAGGAAAUGUGCUUUCAUUGGAGUGCAUUGCAGAAGGCCUGCCUACCCCAAUUAUUUACUGGAUAAAAGAAGAUGGAAUACUACCCAUCAACCGGACAUUUUAUCGGAACUUUAAGAAAACCUUGCAGAUUAUUCAUGUUACAGAAGCGGAUUCUGGAAAUUACCAGUGUAUAGCCAAAAAUGCAUUAGGAGCCAUCCAUCAUACCAUUUCUGUCACAGUUAAAGCGGCUCCUUACUGGAUCAUGGCACCUCAAAAUCUUGUGCUGUCCCCAGGAGAGGAUGGGACCCUGAUCUGUAGAGCUAAUGGAAACCCCAAACCCAGAAUUAGCUGGUUAACAAAUGGAGUCCCAAUAGAAAUUGCUCCUGAUGACCCCAGCAGAAAAAUAGAUGGUGAUACCAUUAUUUUUUCAAAUGUUCAAGAAAGAUCAAGUGCAGUUUAUCAGUGCAAUGCCUCUAAUGAAUAUGGAUAUUUAUUGGCAAAUGCAUUUGUAAAUGUGCUCGCUGAGCCACCACGAAUCCUCACACCUGCAAAUACACUCUACCAGGUCAUUGCCAACAGGCCUGCUUUGCUAGAUUGUGUCUUCUUUGGGUCUCCUCUGCCUACCAUUGAGUGGUUUAAAGGAGCCAAAGGAAGUGCUCUUCGUGAAGACAUUUAUAUUUUACAUGAAAAUGGAACUUUGGAAAUUCCUGUGGCACAAAAGGAUAGUUCAGGAACGUAUACAUGUGUUGCAAGGAACAAAUUAGGGAUGGCAAAGAAUGAUGUUCACUUGGAAAUCAAAGAUCCAACCAGGAUCAUCAAACAGCCUGAAUAUGCUGUUGUACAAAGAGGGAGCACAGUAUCCUUUGAAUGCAAAGUGAAACAUGAUCACACUUUAGUCCCCACUGUCACAUGGCUGAAGGACAACAGCGAGCUGCCCAACGAUGAAAGGUUCACUGUUGACAAGGAUCAUUUGGUGGUAGCUGAUGUAAAUGACAAUGACGGUGGGACCUACACUUGUGUGGCCAACACAACUCUGGACAAUGUUUCUGCAAGUGCUGUGCUCAGCGUUGUCGCUCCUACUCCAACUCCAGCUCCCAUUUACGAUGUGCCAAAUCCUCCCUUUGAUUUAGAAUUGACUAAUCAACUCGACAAAAGUGUUCAGCUGUCCUGGACCCCAGGCGAUGACAACAACAGCCCCAUUACAAAAUUCAUCAUUGAAUAUGAAGAUGCAAUGCAUGAGGCAGGGCUGUGGCACCACCAAACUGAAGUUUCUGGAACACAGACCACAGCCCAGCUGAAGCUGUCUCCUUAUGUGAACUACUCCUUCCGAGUGAUGGCGGUGAACAGCAUCGGGAGGAGCCUGCCCAGUGAGGCGUCUGAACAGUAUCUGACAAAAGCCACAGAACCAGAUAAAAAUCCCACGGCUGUGGAAGGACUGGGUUCAGAGCCUGAUAAUUUGGUGAUUACAUGGAAGCCCCUGAAUGGUUUUGAAUCUAAUGGGCCAGGCCUUCAGUACAAAGUGAGCUGGCGGCAGAAAGAUGGUGAUGAUGAAUGGACAUCUGUGGUGGUGGCAAAUGUAUCCAAAUAUAUUGUCUCCGGCACACCAACCUUUGUCCCAUACCUGAUAAAAGUUCAGGCCCUGAAUGACGUGGGCUUUGCUCCAGAGCCAGCUGUAGUCAUGGGACAUUCUGGAGAAGACCGUAAGUGUCUCCUACCAUUUCCUUUUUACUCUUCCCCAGCCAAAGAAACCUACCAAGGUGUAAACCAAGGCCAUUUCCAAAGAUGCUUAGGUUUGCAAAGGAGAAAGAUUUACUAUUGGAAGGCACAGAGUUCAUCCAAAAGAAACAGACGUCACAUUGAAAAAAAGAUCCUCACCUUCCAAGGCAGCAAGACUCAUGGCAUGCUGCCUGGGCUGGAGCCCUUCAGCCACUACACACUGAAUGUCCGUGUGGUCAAUGGGAAAGGAGAGGGCCCAGCCAGUCCUGACAGAGUCUUUACUACUCCAGAAGGAGUCCCCAGUUCGCCUUCGUCUUUGAAGAUUGUUAAUCCCACACGGGACUCUCUCACUUUGGAAUGGGAUCCACCAAGUCACCCAAAUGGCAUUUUGAUUGAAUACACCUUAAAAUUUCAGCCAAUUAACAGUACCCACGAAUUAGGCCCUCUGAUAGAUUUAAAAAUUCCUGCCAACAAGACACGCUGGACUUUAAAAAAUUUAAAUUUCAGCACUCGUUAUAAGUUUUAUUUGUGUGCACAAACAUCAGCAGGGUCAGGAAGUCAAAUUACAGAAGAAGCAAUGACAACUACCGAUGAAGCUGGUAUUCUUCCACCUGAUGUAGGUGCAGGCAAAGUUCAAGCAGUAAGUCCCAGGAUCAGCAAUCUUACUGCUGCAGCUGCUGAGACCUGUGCCAAUAUCAGUUGGGAGUAUGAGGGACCAGAGCAUGUGAACUUUUAUGUUGAAUAUGGUGUAGCAGGCAGCAAAGAAGAAUGGAGAAAAGAAAAUGUAAAUGGUUCUCGGACCUUCUUUGGGUUAAAGGGUCUAAUGCCAGGAACAGCAUACAAAGUUCGAGUUGUUGCUGUGGGGGACUCUGGUUUUGUGAGUUCAGAGGAUGUGUUUGAGACAGGCCCAGCGAUGGCAAGCCGGCAAGUGGAUAUCGCGACUCAGGGCUGGUUCAUAGGUCUAAUGUGUGCUGUUGCGCUCCUUAUCUUAAUUUUGCUGAUUGUUUGCUUCAUCAGAAGAAACAAGGGUGGUAAAUAUCCAGUUAAAGAAAAGGAAGAUGCUCAUGCAGAUCCUGAAAUUCAGCCGAUGAAAGAAGAUGAUGGAACUUUUGGAGAAUACAGUGAUGCAGAAGACCACAAGCCUUUGAAAAAAGGAAGUCGAACACCUUCAGACAGGACUGUGAAAAAAGAAGACAGCGAUGAUAGUUUGGUUGACUAUGGAGAGGGGGUGAAUGGCCAAUUCAACGAGGAUGGCUCCUUUAUUGGACAAUACAGUGGUAAGAAAGAGAAAGAACCGGCAGAGGGAAACGAGAGCUCAGAGGCACCUUCUCCUGUCAAUGCCAUGAAUUCCUUUGUUUAAUUUUUAAGCUCUUUGCCAAUGUCCGAUUUCUCUAGAAUGUUUAUCUUAAGCACUUGUUUGUCAGCCUUCUCAUACUAUGAACAUAUGGGUAGAAAGUAUGUUUUCUGCUGUAUGUUAAUAUUAUGAGAAAAGUUAGAGCAAGAACACAAAUGACAUGUCAAUGUGAACUGCAGUGCAAAGUGCAUACUUUUUCAUUCAAAGUGGGUUGUCUCGAUUUCCUCAGAACUGAUCAAAAUGAUGCAACAUCGUCAACAAAUCAUGCUAUUCCCUCUUCAAGAUACAGUUCAAUAGGAUACAUGAGAAAUGCUACACAUUUAAAGGACAUACCUAAGUUAAGUAUGUUAUUAAAACAUGGUUUGAUACUUUGUUUAUACUAUCCUCAGCUGAACCCCUAAAUAUGAAUUCCGUUUUCAUUGUCAAGAGUGUUACUGUAGUAUUCUCUAGAACUUCAAUGUCUUUGUGGACAUUGUUGUGAAAUUGGUGAUCCUAUGUCUAGCUGUUGUUAGUCUUUUGGGGAGACUGGUAGGAACAGUAUGUACAGUAUAUACUUGCUAAAUAAGUUAAUUAUGACAGUUGCAUUUGCUGAUGCUACUGAGACUCUGUUACCUGCUCUUUGCUCCUGUUACUUCAUAGGCUUCUUAAUCUUCCAGGUAUUACAGCAGCACAGUGUUCUACUUUGUACAUUAUCUGUGUUUGGUUGUUUUUAGGCAUAAACAGUGUGUAUUGCAAUGCAUUUGGACAUUUGUGCCAUACUGAAAGAAUUGAAAACAAAUCACUGUAAUUAAAUUUCAAAAAAUUUUCCAGAAAACACAGGGCAAGAUACAUGCAGUGCCUUCAGACAAUAAGCAUUCCAUAAUAUACUGCAUUCUGUAUCAGCCAGUACAGUGGACUCCAUCUUAGAUUACUGUCAUUGUCAAAAAGUAACUUUUGAAAAGCAGAGAUAAUGAAAACUGCAAUGCUGAAAACAAAAACAAAAAAAAAAUGAAAAGGAAAAUUAAAGUAAGAAGACAGUUUAUUUUAAGGGACAUUUCCCCAUAAAUUACAAAGAAAAAUUUUAUUAUCAACUAGACAACAUGAUAGUUUGGUUUCCAUUCCAACAGGUCACAUUCAGUAAGAAUGUCAACAUGGUAUAAAAUUAAUAGAAAAAUAAACAAGUUAUUGCAAAACUAAAAGCAUACAACAGCAUGCCAACAUAAUUUAUAUUUGUAAGACUUUACCUAUAUGAGCUUUUGAAACUCUCUGCAGCAUUAAGCAAUGUAUAUGCAAAUCACAAUGGACACACUUCAGAAUCUAAGAAAUUUGACAAGUGCUUAAAAGGCCAACAGUCUAAGGAAUUACAUCUGCAGUCUAAGAAAUAAAUAUAUAUAUAUUCUAUCUUAUUCAUAAACAAUAUCUAUCAAAUGGUUUACCUCUAAAUAUGAAAAUCUAUAACAACCUAUGGUUGAAGGAAUGCUCAGUUUCAUUUGCCAAUAAAUUGGUUUCUCAUAACUUGCAUCAAGUUUAAUUUUAAGUAAAGCUUUUUAUAUGUAGAUAUUUUGUUGAAUUUGUAAAUAUACUUAAAGUGUAGAUGCUAUAUGCUUAUAGGUGUUACAUACAAAUAAACAAGUAAACAAUGUUUAUGUUGCACUGUGUAAGAAGUAAGCUAAUUCAUGCAGUGUGUGGGAUUGGAAAGCAUCUAAGUACCUUUUGUGUUUUUUCUCCCUUUUUGCUGUGACAUGGAAAUAGCGAACUUUUCCACAGCAGGUUUCUAGCUGAAAUCUUCAGAGCUUUGCCUAUGGAGCACAGUAGGUUUAAUACCUGGCAUGUUUGGUAAAUGCAGGUAAAGCAUAGUUUGAAGUAAUCCCAGGUUAAGGUGGCCCUUAAUGCUUUCAUUUCUCCAUAUCUACUUUUGAAAGAUCAACCUAUCCAUUGAAAGACAAAAAUAAAAAUACAAUGGACUUGCCUUGGCAUCAGAGAGCACAAGAGAAAAGUUACUUUAUUUUGUCAAUGUUUCAGGAGAACAAUAAAAGUACAGUUUUUUACCCUUCCAUAAUGGUACAUGCUAAAUUUAUCUGUGCAUGGAGUCACUUCUGUAAUAAUGCAACAGAUUUUGUAUUAAAAAUUAAAUGUGGUUUUAAAAGUCC